GAUUGUGUUAUGUGUAAACGAAGCAAAAGCAAAUUUCAAAUAAAACUCCAUCUGUAGUAUUUUUGCAUAGAAAAUAUGAGCGGUGAGGACAAGUACGACAAUUUAGAAGAAAGGAGAAACUUGCGUUUUCAAUAUCGUCAACUCAUCCACAACACUGAACAGAAACGACAUGAGUUAGUGCAGCCGGAAUGUAAUGCACUGCAUAAGACUUUGGGCGAAGGAGAUGAACUGUUUCAAAAUGUUUCUCACACAAGGGAAGCAGCAUUAGAUUCGCAGUUGCUUGUGCUUUUGUCAAACCUUGGUACCGAACAAGCACAACACUUGCAAACUGGUGUUGUAACAUUUGAGCCUCGAAUGUUUGCGGAGAAACUGAUAACUUUCAUGGGUGGUCGAUGUGCUGGUCAUGAAACAGAUGAGGAAGGCAAUCUGCAAGAUGUUAACCUUGAUAAUCUUGACUGGAAUAAACUUGGAAAUAUUGCAGCAAAAUCCUUUCACAGAACAACUGGUCUUGAAUUUAUGCACGGUCCAUUAUCAAUGGAUCUUCCACCUGCAAAACAACGAAAACAACCCAAGCCAAAGAGUGGUGAGAAACCUGGAGCAACAGCUAAAAUCACUCCCCAACAGUUAGAUAAAGUUGAAAACAACGAGGAGGCGACAACCAAAGAGGUGCAAAGAGUGUACGAGGCUUUAGUAAAGGCAACACCAGGAGAUGAUGAUAGAUUGUCAUUUUUUGAGUUUGUGACAAAUCCAGAUUCUUUCAGCCAAACCGUGGAAAAUAUAUUUCAUUUGUCAUUUCUAAUCAAUAAAGGAAAUGCUGCUAUUGAGUUGGAUGAAGAUGAUCUACCAGUUGUCUAUGCAACAGAUCCAUAUUCUGAAAAGGAUUAUGAAAACGAAAUCUGCCGUAAACAAGUUGUUAUGCAAUUCACAAUGGAAGAUUGGAGAGAUGUAUUAAGUACUUUUAACAUCAACACACCAAUAAUUCCAACAAGGAAAUCAAGAUACACUGAUGACAAUUCAGAGCUUGAUAUCCAAGACAUGGACCAAGGCUGAUAUGUGGUGGAUGUUGUAAUUGACAAGAAAGUUUUUUUUGAAAGUAGACAAAUUUUAAAAGGAACAAGAAGUAAUUGCUGAGUUCUAACAUGAAUUCAUCUAUUGUAUUCGAGAUUAGAGAAUGUAUAAUAUUUAAUGAACAUGAACAGUGUGUUAUAAAAUGUACCAAUUUUGAUGGUAAUGUUGAGAUUGAAAGGUUGGAUUUCAAAUGACAUGAACAAUAUUUCAUGUCAGAAACAGUGAUUGAUCACCAUUGGUAUAGCCAGACUUCACUUGCAGUAUUUAGCUUUUUCCUUAAAUACAUUUAUUUUUGUAUUUUUGUGAAGUUUUUUGUCAAACAAGAUUCUUAAAUCUUGUUCUGUUCUUGAUUGGUGAUCCUCGGUAUUCUUAAGGAAUUCACGUAUUACCUAUGACAAGAUGCAAAACAUUAUUCAUAAGUUGGAAAAUGGUUAAAUUCCUCUGCUAACAUUUCUUCUGAUGAAGAGGAAUAAUGCUAAGGAAGAACAAAAAUUCUCAGUCACAAUUACCAAAUUUCUUCCCUAUAUUAGCCUACCAAAAGUCAUUUUAAAACAGUCAGAAAAAACAAAGUUGAAAUUUGAUGUCCUUUACCAACCUUUCUUCUCAACUUCUUCACUGACAUUUCAUUAUCUGGUGCAGACUUUAGUAACUUCUUUAUAGUUGCCUCCCACUUAAAUUUAUCUAAUAUGUUUAGAAAAUAUGUAUAUUGCUUUGAAAAUGAUUAAUUAUGAGGAAGAAAUUUAAAUGAAAAAGAAAA